GAAAGUUAAUGAGUAAACAGGAUACGGAGUAACAUUACUAAAGAGCGCCAGUACUGACUAGAGUAGUUCACGAUCCGGCGACGAGUAGCGGCAGCGUCUGGCUUUUAUGGAAGGAGGAUGAUGCGUGGUGAUCACUCCCCGCUCGCCCGCAAAUCCGCAGACUGUGAUCGGCAGCACCUGUCCGCAUUGCCACACGCCACCUAGGAGAGGGAGAGAGAGAUGGGGAAAGGAAGGACAGUCUGCCACUACCUGGCAGCUGAGGUGGAGGGCGUGACAAAAAUGUUCUGUGUGAAAAAUGUAAAAAUUUGCUCAAAAGUAAGUUAAACUCCUGUUUGAACCAGACUGCUGUCACUUGUCAACGAGGAAGAGAACGGGAUGGUUUUAACCAAUAGAAAUUCGGCUCAUGUGACGUUCAAACCAAUCGGAUUCAGCGGGAACCUUCCUGCGGGUCGGUGAGUAUAAAACUGUCACCCGACUAGAAUUUCAUCAAUCCCCUCUAACACUGGACUCUUAAACGUCCGUCUGUGGAGGCAAACUUUAUAUCUUCUCUUCUUAAUCCAAACUUUUAAACGGACCAACUUUAAGAAACAUGCGCGAGUGUAUCUCGGUGCACGUUGGUCAGGCUGGUGUCCAGAUUGGUAAUGCCUGCUGGGAGCUGUACUGCCUGGAGCAUGGGAUCCAGCCGGAUGGUCAGAUGCCCAGUGGCAAGACCAUAGGAGGAGGAGACGAUUCCUUUAACACCUUCUUCAGCGAGACUGGAGCUGGAAAACACGUCCCCAGAGCUGUUUUUGUGGAUCUGGAACCCACUGUUAUUGAUGAGGUGCGCACUGGGUCCUACCGCCAGCUUUUCCAUCCUGAGCAGCUGAUUACUGGCAAGGAGGAUGCUGCCAAUAACUAUGCACGUGGACAUUACACAAUUGGUAAAGAGAUUAUUGAUCUUGUUCUGGACAGGAUCCGGAAACUGGCUGACCAGUGCACCGGUCUUCAGGGCUUCCUGGUGUUCCACAGCUUUGGUGGCGGCACUGGCUCUGGUUUCACCUCCCUGCUGAUGGAACGUCUGUCUGUUGACUAUGGCAAGAAGUCCAAGCUGGAGUUCUCCAUCUACCCAGCCCCCCAAGUGUCCACUGCUGUGGUGGAGCCCUACAACGCCAUCCUGACCACCCACACCACCCUGGAGCACUCUGACUGCGCCUUCAUGGUGGAUAACGAGGCAAUCUACGAUAUCUGCCGCAGAAACCUUGAUAUUGAACGUCCCUCUUACACCAACCUGAACAGGCUGAUCAGUCAGAUAGUGUCCUCCAUCACUGCUUCUCUUCGUUUCGACGGCGCCCUGAAUGUUGACCUCACAGAGUUCCAGACCAACUUGGUGCCAUAUCCUCGUAUCCACUUCCCUCUGGCCACCUACGCCCCUGUCAUCUCCUCUGAGAAGGCUUACCACGAGCAGUUAACUGUGGCUGAGAUCACAAACGCCUGCUUCGAGCCAUCCAAUCAGAUGGUGAAAUGUGACCCUCGCCAUGGCAAGUACAUGGCUUGCUGCCUUCUGUACCGUGGCGAUGUGGUGCCCAAAGAUGUCAACGGUGCCAUUGCUAAUAUCAAAACCAAGCGCACCAUUCAUUUUGUGGAGUGGUGUCCCACUGGUUUCAAGGUUGGCAUCAACUACCAGCCACCCACUGUAGUUCCUGGCGGAGACCUGGCCAAGGUCCAGAGGGCUGUCUGCAUGCUGAGCAACACCACCGCCAUCGCUGAGGCCUGGGCUCGACUCGACCACAAGUUUGAUCUGAUGUACGCUAAACGUGCCUUUGUUCACUGGUAUGUGGGUGAGGGUAUGGAAGAGGGCGAGUUCUCCGAAGCCAGAGAGGACAUGGCGGCUCUGGAGAAGGAUUACGAGGAGGUUGGAGCUGAUAGUAUGGGAGACGACGAUGAUGAUGAUGGAGAGGUGUAUUAAACAGACAUGCAUUCCGUUUUCUUGAUCUGUGAUCUGUUUUAUUAAUGUCAAAAAUAAAGUUUGAUUUUGGCUGAA